AGCCCUUCAAGUUCACUGUGUCAGAGUCAUGUGACCGGAUCAAGGAGGAGUUUCAGUUCCUACAGGCUCAGUUUCACAGUCUGAAACUGGAGUGUGAGAAACUGUCCAGUGAGAAGACAGAGAUGCAGAGACACUAUGUUAUGUACUAUGAGAUGUCUUAUGGACUCAACAUUGAGAUGCACAAACAGGCGGAGAUGGUGAAGCGACUGAAUGCUAUCUGUGCCCAAGUCAUCCCGUUCCUUUCACUAGAGCACCAGCAGCAGGUGGUCCAGGCGGUGGAAAGAGCAAAACAGGUCACCAUGGCUGAACUAAACUCUAUCAUCGGGCAGCAGCUCCAUGCCCAGCACCUGUGUCAUGGCCCUGCCCUCCCGGUGCCCCUCAUGACCCAACCUUCUGGGCACCAACCCCCUCAACCACCCCUACCCACCGCGGGUGGUGCCAGCCUCCUGGCCCUCUCCUCUGCCCCCCUACCCACCGCGGGCAGCAGCAGCCUCCUGGCCCUCUCCUCCGCCCUCGCUGCCCAUCAGCUGCCCCUAAAGGAGGACAAAAAACACAAGGACAACACAGACAGAGAAAGAGACUCAGUCAAGAGUCCGUCUGUGUCCCCCUCCUCCAGUUUCCGAGCAGUAGAGAAGCACAGGAGUUCAGGUGACUCCUCAGACAGCAAGAAACAGAAAAUGGCUGAAAAGGAGCUGAGCGCCACACGUUACGACAGCGACGGGGAGAAGAGUGAUGACAGCCUAGUGGUGGAUGUCUCUAAUGAGGAUCCUGCCUCUCCAAGAGGAAGCCCCACUCACUCCCCUCGUGAGAACCGAUUGGAUAAGAGCCGUCUGCUGAAGAAGGAAGUCCCUCCCCUCAGCCCCGCCUCUAUGGCCUCAUCCAGUAGUACGCCCUCCAACAAGUCCAAAGACCUCAUCAUGAAUGAGAAGUCCAGCACCCUGACCCCCACCCCCAGCAGCACCUCGACCCCCGGUCUGAGAGGGAAAACGUCAGGACUAGAGGGCCCUGGUCUGCGUCCCCUGGCGUUGCCGUGUCCUUACCCGGGUGCGUUUGGCAUGGUGCCCCACCCAAGCCUCAACGGGCUGAAUGGCGACCUGGGCGGAGCCAGCGCCUACGCCUCCCUACACAACCUGUCUCCUCAGAUGAGUGCAGCUGCUGCAGUCGCGGCCUACGGACGAUCACAAGUGGUUGGUUUUGACCCCCACCACCACAUGAGGGUCCCUGGUCUUCCUCCCAACCUCUCUGGCACUCCUGGAGGAAAACCAGCCUACUCCUUCCACGUGAGUACAGAGGGCCAGAUGCAGCCGGUACCGUUCCCUCCGGACGCCCUGAUAGGCCCAGGGAUUCCCCGGCACGCCCGUCAGAUCAACACGCUGAGCCACGGCGAGGUGGUGUGUGCUGUCACUAUAUCCAACCCAACCAGACACGUCUACACAGGAGGGAAGGGCUGUGUCAAGAUCUGGGACAUCAGCCAGCCCGGCAGCAAGAGCCCUGUGUCACAACUAGACUGUCUGAACAGAGACAACUACAUCCGUUCAUGCCGGCUGCUGCAUGACGGGCGGACUCUGAUCAUAGGAGGCGAAGCAUCCACACUUUCAAUCUGGGACCUAGCCUCACCCACCCCGCGUAUCAAGGCAGAGCUAACGUCUUCCGCCCCGGCCUGCUAUGCCCUCGCCAUCUCCCCCGAUGCCAAGGUCUGCUUCUCCUGCUGCAGCGACGGGAACAUCGCCGUCUGGGACCUUCACAACCAGACACUGGUCAGGCAGUUCCAAGGCCAUACGGACGGGGCUAGCUGUAUAGAUAUCUCUCACGAUGGGACCAAGCUGUGGACAGGAGGUCUGGACAACACCGUACGCUCCUGGGACCUGAGGGAGGGACGGCAGCUACGUCAGCAUGACUUCACCUCACAGAUCUUCUCUCUAGGGUACUGUCCUACAGGGGAGUGGUUAGCUGUAGGGAUGGAGAACAGUCAUGUAGAGGUGCUCCACGUCACCAAGCCAGAGAAAUACCAGCUACAUCUCCAUGAGAGCUGUGUCCUCUCCCUCAGGUUUGCUCACUGUGGUAAAUGGUUUGUGAGUACCGGGAAAGACAACCUGCUGAACGCAUGGAGAACCCCUUAUGGAGCCAGCAUAUUCCAGUCUAAGGAGUCAUCCUCAGUGCUAAGCUGUGACAUCUCUGGGGAUGACAAGUACAUUGUGACUGGCUCUGGAGACAAGAAGGCCACCGUCUAUGAGGUCAUCUACUAGACACCUGACAUUGACUUGUCACCCGACCAAAAAACGACCCUGUCCGAGGGUAUUUUGUCUGUCCUGUGAUGUAGUUUUGCUUGAAAACGGACAACUUCCUAAUAUGGAUUCCGUACACCAUCCUCUCCCCCCAGUGCCCCCACCCCAGGACUGAUAUGGAUUCUGUUCUGCACCCCUGACCUGGAUGUGGACCAAUCAAAAUGCCUGAACAGAACAGAACCAAAUACUGGAGACUUCUCUUCUUCGGACUGUUUUGUUUUCUAUCGAACCAAUGACUUUUCUAACACUUGUUUCCACGAAGACGAAUGAAGCCUCGUCUAGGAGUCCAGAUAGAGGGGACAUUCUGGAAUGAUAAAAUAUGACAAAACGCCAAAAUAUCGUCCCUUGUAUCACACCAGGAAAUUACAUUUUUCCUGAUGCUUUUCUCAACACCCGGAGAAACUGCUGGUUGUCAUCGGAACUUGUAAACAAGGCUGCAUGGUAUUUAUCUUAAUGUGACUCAAUGCAGCCACUGGCAACGUCCAGGAUAGGUUUGCCUGGAACCGCUUGUGGAUUUGAUAGCUCUAUCGCAGCACCUCCUGACACGGCUGAUUGAAUCGGGCCCUAAAAUGCCUUUCAAAUGAGCGGUUGGACAAGUAGUGUCAGACUUAUUGACCUGAGAAAGACAGUUAGCUGAUGAACUUAUUGACCUGAGAAAGACAGUUAGCCGAUGAACUUAUUGACCUGAGAAAGACAGUAAGCUGACAAACUUAUUGACCUGAGAAAGACAGUUAGCUGGUGAACUUAUUGUCCUUGGAAAGAUAGUUAG